AUGCUUUUGUAUCCAAGAAGUUUGGAAGAUGAUCUAUUCCGGAGGCUUAAGGUGAACGUUAACGAGACGACUGAGGAAUGCAAGUUCUUCAUCUGCCCUGGUUGUGGCAAAAAGAUGGAGAUGAAGAUUGAAGUAGGCAAUGCAAGCAAAUUACGAAACGAUGUUGAUGGAGUAUCUGUCUGUGGCAAGCCGUCCUUCAUCGUUACUGAUGAUAUGGAAGUGCAAUCUAACUCUACUAAUGUGUAUCUACAAGUCGUCAAAGCUCAGGGUUAUGUAGAUGUUGACAAGUUGACUGAAUCACUUCUUGUCAUUGGUUCUGAAGAGAAGUUUGGACUAGAAUCCUCUGGUGAUAAUAUGGUUAUGGGAUGCAUAUUAAACCUGUUUAGAAGCUUUAACGACUUACGCUUGAAUAGAAGAUCACGUCCCAAGGCCAACUCCGCACUACCAUGGUAUUAUGGCUGCCAGAAGAACCUGCUCGGCAUUACCACUGUCAAGGAACCAGAUUUUGGGUUUAGCUCUGGUGAUAGUAGGCUUAUGCAUGGAUAUGGAAAUUCACGUAUGUUGGGAUGUGGUAGCCCUUAUCCACCACUGAAUCAUUUAUGCCCGCAUAGUGUUCAAACGAUCCGCUCCCACUGUAAUGCAUGCCAGGGGUUUGUGAAGGAAAACAUGAAGUUUAGAGUAACAGAUGAUCUGAUCAUAACACCCCUGAGCUCAAGCUCGACCAUUGGCUAA